AUUACGGGUGUUUCCGUAAGUGUAAAUUUGCUCGGUAUUCCCGGUGUUCCAUUGGUGUUCACGGUAGCAAACAGCUUGCAGCAUUUGCACACACCGUUCAGCGAAUAUUGUUAAUUGCCUGGUCGCAAUUGGCAAUCAAACGGUACUUCUUAAAGAGAAAUAAUGACGGAAUCGCCGAUACCGUCGGUCAGCAACGUUCAGACCCACACUCGUGCCCCGAGCCAAUCUCAAGUUCAAACGCAAAUCCAAGAUGACAAGAACGAGAAAACGGAUAAGGCUAUUCUUCUGCAAAUUCAAGAGAUCAACAGCCAAGUGGCGCAAUUUCGCGAUUUGCUGAUAAGCAUCGGCCAACCACGAGACUGCCCGGAACUGCGAGAGAAAAUUCGGAGAUUGCGACGAAAUUGCGUAGAAGCGUGUAAAAACACGUCCCGUUUUGUACUGCCCCAAGUCCGAAGGACUACGGACAUCGGGAUCCCUGUAGACUGUCCGAAUUCGAUGCUUUUAUUUUACGUCAUACAACUAUUCCUACGCGAGCUCUGCAAAAGUAAGAACCUCAUCCGCAUCGUGCCGAUGGACAUGACGGAAUACUACGAAACCCGAACCGGCCCAUCCAACAUCGGCAACGUGAUCUCGCAGAUUGUCCUCUGUAAGCAGAUCACACCGAACUUCUACGAGGAAGAAUUAUGCAGCAUCCAAAAGGACUCCGAGGAAAUUCGAGGUUUGAUCAACGAACUGCAAGAGUUUAUGCCCCAAUCGGCUAGCGAUAUAGAAAAGUACUCGGCUCUACAGAACGCCGGAAGUAGGGGAAACCGUAGCAACGGCAGACGGAUGCAUCGAUGGAACCAAAGCCACGAUAGGCCUAACAGACCUACCAGACAAUCGUCCUACUUUCGCGGAGCUUUGAAUCUUUUCUGCUGCGCCGCGAGAGCCAACUAUGUUUAAUCGAAUGAAACACGU